AUGCAGAAGUCUGACCUCAAGCAGAGCCCUGACCUCAACCGCAUCCGAGAGCUUUGGGAUGAAUCGGGACGCUCGGCGUGCGUGUGCACGCGUGACGGGAGUGUGAGAGGAAUGAUGAUGAUUUCCGGACGCAGAGAGAGUUUCGAUUCGGGAGGAGCAGAGAGGAUAAAGCGGGAUAACCGGGAACGGGAAAGAAGGUGGAACGGGAAGGAGAACGCGGAAGGAGAGGCAGCCAUGCGCCUGAACCGAGACGCCGAGGAGGAGGAGGACGGCAAAGGACCGGGUGAGAUCAGACGAGCAGGUGAACAGGAGGUGGAUCACACUCCCACCGUGAGUGGGGACUCGGUCACGCCGCCGUAUUUCUCUCCGAGCAUCGUGAAAGCUCUAAGUUCCCUGUCGCUGGGCGUCUUCCUCGUAUCGGUCAGUCUGACGGUGUGCCUCGUCUGGCUGGUGGCGCUCUGCGGCGUCUGUGGAUGGUGCCAACGCAGACUGGGGAAGAGGAAUAAGCCAGGUUUGGACACGGCCAGUUCCCCGGACUCGGUGUCAGUACGAGGUCGAGGAGAAAAUAAUGAUCUGGACCGGGAUUUCUGGAACAACAACGACAGCAGUAACGUUCAGCAGAGGUGGAGUUCCUAUCCCCCUAAAGAGUUCCUCCUGAACAUGUCUCCAUACGCUCCAUACGGAGAUCCACGCCUCACCCCCAAUGGCUCGCUGGAGAGGUGCGAGGCGGGCGGGGGUUCGGGCCCCGGUCCCAGUCGCAGUGACAGCAGCAAGAGUGUUGAGGCAGGAAGCGGCAAAGCCGGGAGGUGGCAAACCGUCAAGAGCCACGUGCGGUCGGGCAUCCUGAGACCCAGCAAUUUCGGAGACUCCUCGCCCCUGUCCACCACGUCCACUCUGGAGCACAUCGCGCCGGCGGCGUGCCGUCCUCGACCCCUGGUCCGGCAGCAGAGCCUCCAGCAGCCCCUGAGCAUCCGGCCCCCUCCGCCGCCCAACGACCCCCCCGCCACCUCACAGAGCCUGGGCCAGCUGAACCCCGGGCCCGGGGGUGGUGGAGGCGGGGGGCGGGGGGUUGUGCGGCCGGGGGGGCGGGGUAGCCCGGCCGCGUCGGGGGCGUCCCGGUACAAGUCGGGCGCGGGGGCUCGAUCACGCUCCAACCCGGGCAGCUGGGAUCACAUGGUGGGGCAAAUCCGCACCCGGGGCAUGGACGUCAAAUCCUUCCUGGAGGGUAAGAUGGUGGUGCUGUCCCUCGCCAUCGGCCUCGCCGAACAGGACGACUUCGCCAACCUGCCAGACCUGCAGGAGGAUCCUGCCAGCCUGGAAACUCCCCCCACAGACAAGAGAGCCGUCGGAAAUAAACCCAACUGCAGCCCUAAAGGCCAGACGCCAGACGAGACGCACAGACGCACGGACGCCAACUCCUACGCCUCGGACCUGGCCAACUCCGUCACCAGCGACAUGCUCAUGUUAUCUCCUGGUUCUGAAGAGGAGGAACAUGAAGGACCCGUCUGCGAGAAGCUGGGACGUAUCCAGUUCAGCGUGGGCUACAGCUUCCAGGACUCCACGCUUACAGUCAAGAUCCUCAAAGGUCAGGAUCUACCAGCCAAAGAUUUCUCGGGAACCUCUGACCCGUUCGUGAAGAUCUACCUGCUCCCGGACAAGAAGCACAAGCUGGAGACCAAGGUGAAGAGGAAGAACCUGAACCCUCACUGGAACGAGACCUUCCUGUUCGAAGGUUUCCCGUUUGAGAAGGUGGUUCAGCGCACGCUGUACCUGCAGGUCCUGGAUUACGACCGGUUCAGUAGAAACGAUCCGAUCGGGGAGGUCUCCGUCACCCUCAACAAGCUGGACCUGGCGCACAUGGAGACCUUCUGGAAGGAGCUGAAGCCCUGCAGCGACGGCAGCGGGAGUCGGGGCGACCUGCUGGUGUCGCUGUGUUAUAACCCCUCGUCAAACAUCAUCACUGUGAACAUCAUAAAGGCGCGAAACCUUAAAGCCAUGGACAUCGGUGGCACCUCAGACCCGUACGUGAAGGUGUGGCUGAUGAACAAAGAUAAGCGGGUGGAGAAGAAGAAGACGGUGGUGAUGAAACGAUGUCUGAACCCCGUCUUUAACGAAUCCUUUCCCUUCGACGUUCCCGCCCACGUCCUGAGGGAGACCACCAUCAUCAUCACGGUCAUGGAUAAGGACAGGCUCAGCCGAAACGACGUCAUCGGGAAGAUCUAUCUUUCAUGGAAGAGUGGUCCAGCAGAGGUCAAACACUGGAAAGACAUGAUGGGGCAUCCUCGCACUACCGUGGCCCAAUGGCACGCCCUCAAAGCUUAACGGACACGCCCGUGUGACUCCGCCCUCAGAUCAAAACCACGCCCACAAACCCCUGUUAUUAUGCACAAGCUCGAACACGGGUACCAAAAGCCAUCCAACCUUCAGCCACUGUUUUAUUUUAUUUCCUCCGAGGUCCAUUUCUUGAUUUUCGGGUGAGUCGAGACCCACUUAAAAUCGAGGCUGAUCACUGCCGUGAAGAUCACAGACGCCCCGCGUCAUUCAGCGCAAAUCAGGUUCAUCUUCCUCCGCGUGAUUCCGAGCAGGGCGAGCGGACGUCCUGAAGACGGGAAGGAGAAGAUCCGACCCCCCACUGCCGUGUUUUUGCACCCUCUAUUCCGUCCAUUCUUCCUCCCGAAACCUACGCGAGGGUCCGACCGGACCGAGUCGCGGUGCAAUACCUGACGGAGAGAGAGACGGACUCGGGGGGGUGAAGCUCUCCUCCGUCACCACGUGUAGAAACUCAUGUUUGCUGGAACUCCUCGUCGUCCGUUUGUACCGUGGGUGCCGUGAUGUGACAAACAAGAGUUGUUGUUCCAAAAAAACACUGAAAAAAAAAACAAGCUGGAUUAAAAGUGUUGGGGUGUUUUCAUGCCGCAUUCGUUCAGUUGGGUUCAAAUCAAACCUAAAAGAGGAGCAAAAUACAACUGAUGGAUU